AUGCAACUUGUUGAUUAUGGUUCUGAUUCUGAUUCAAAUUCUAGUCAAAAGGAUCCUAUUCCAUCUUCAUCAACACUUCAAGCCCAACCCAAUCCAACUAUAUCAAUUCCAUCAAACCUUCGUCUUCCUCCACCUAAACGUAAUAAGCCUACAAAAGCUCGCAUCUUGCUUGAGCCAUUACUUCCUCGUACCACCGAUCAUGAAACCGAACCCACCAAUCUGAAACGAUCAGAAUCCGGGAAUCUAGACCGAGAAGAUCUUAAUGAAUCAAAGAAACCGAAGCUCGAGUCUUUAGCUAAAAAGAAAUCAGGCUUAGCUGCUCUUCUUCCUCCGCCUAAGAAUCCUAAUCCAAUACCCAAAGGAAGGCUCAAUAUAAUCAAGCCAGCAACUUCUUCAUCCAAGCUUGCUGCCCCAUCAUCAACUCAACCCGCUCAGAAUGACCAAACCUCUACACCCGAACCACCUUUGAUUUUAACAGAUUCUUCUCAACUAUCCAAUCCAAAUCAGUCUUCUUCUUCUUCCCAAGCAGAGGGACUAAACCUCUUUGGUUUACCUUCCACAUCCACACUAUCCAAACCUCAGUCAACCACCAACUCCAUCUCACCCUCGAUAACGAUCUCCUCAGCCCCCCAAGUAGUGGAAGAAAAACCACCACCACCAACCCUAAAUGAUCCAUACCCAGGUUAUUGGCAAAGAUCAAAUGGACAAUGGUGUGCAAGAAGUCUGGAAGAACCAGAAUGGAAAACGUUUUAUGAAACACAUUAUCAAUCCAACAACACAUUAGAUCAACAAACUUCAUCAAAAGAAGUACCCAAAGAUUUCUUUAAACAAUCCAAUGGCCAAUUAGGAGGUCUAGGAGGAAUGGAAGAAUUCAAUGCGGGUAAAGUGGCUCAAUUAGCUUGGGAGAAUAAACCUAAGAUUAUCGAUCCAAGAGAAGAAGCGAGAAAAGAACAAGCUGAGAAAGCGGCUGGAAAACCUGCUAAACAAAUCUCAUCUAGAGCUAGAGGUCGCCAUCAGUUAUCUUCUUUACUUACUGAAGCUCAAGCUAAUCGAGCUGAAUUAGAAGAUCGUAUCUCACGUGGUAAAUUUAAUCGAAAAGCAGGUGGUGCUAAAUAUGGUUUUUGAUUGUAUUUUUGGCGCUACGAAACGAUUGUUUUGCGUAUGUAAAUACAAAAGCCAAGAACUCUCUUGCUAUAUUGUAGUACUGGAUUUUGCUUUCAGUGUGUAUAAGACAACGUCAUUUAUUCUUUGUACCAUAUUAUGCCCACAUUCAAAUAUGCAGCCACACUGUCUAACGUUCGCAAUAGUUC